AACUGUCUCAGUGAGCUCCAUUAAUGAUUAAUCACCAAAAGAGAGUAAAUUGCAGGGUUUUGCUUCUCCUCCUUGUUUGCUGAUUUUGUUUGCUAUUACUCAAAUCCUUCUGUGCAGAGGAAGGAGCUAAGCAUGGCAGAGGUGGCAGCAGGAGCAUUUCUGUCCAGUUUCUUUCAGUUUCUGUUUGAGAGGAUGGAUUCUUCGGAGAUUGUUCAUUUCUUAAAGGGCCAAAAACUUGAUCAUGGAUUGUUGAAGAAGCUUAAGAUAACUAUGAUCACUGUUAAUGGCCUGCUCGAUCAAGCUGAAGAGAAGCAGAUUAUCAUGCCAGCCAUCAAAGAAUGGCUCAACGAGCUUAAGGAUGCUGUCUAUGAAGCUGACGACUUGCUUGACGAUAUUUCUUAUCAAAUUCUGCGGUCCAAGUUAGAAACUGGAUCCUCCAGACAGAAGGUCUGCAAAAUUUUCUCAUCUCAUCGUCGUCGUCGUCGUCGUCGUCAUCAUCAUAUUGAAAUUCAAGAAGAGGUGAACGCGAAAUUGGGAGAGAUCCUCGGGCUACUUGAACAUUUAGUAAAGCAAAUGGAUGCGCUUGGCCUAAGUAUGAGAAAGGGUAUUGGAGAAAAACCAUCAUCUCAGAAAACACCGACUAUUUCAAAGCCAGAUGAUGCAUACGGUAUUUAUGGUAGGGAGAAAGACAAGAAAGCAAUAAUGAAGUCCUUGAAAUCCGAUGAUGUAGGUGUGAUUUGCAUCAUGGGAAUCGGCGGCAUAGGUAAAACCACCCUCGCUCAGCUUGUCUACAACGAAAACGAGGUGAACAAGUGGUUUGAUCUCAAAGCAUGGGUUUGUGUUUCAGAAGAAUUUGAUGUCUCCAAGAUAAUGAAAGAUAUUCUAAAGGAGGUCACUGGAGAGAACUGUGAUGCCAAGAAUGAGCUCUGUUCUGAGCUGAAAGAGAAAUUAGAUGGGAAAAAGUUUUUGCUUGUCAUGGAUGAUGUUUGGAAUGAUAAGUAUUCUGAUUGGGCAACUUUGCGCGAAUCUUUACAGACUCGUGCACCAGGAAGUAAGAUUUUGAUCACCACACGCAUAGAAAGCACAUCAUUUGUCAUCCACAGCCGAAGUGUAGUUUAUCAUUUGAAUAAUUUAACUGAUGAUGAUUGCUGGUUCUUGUUUGCAAAACAUGCCUUCAAUGAUGGAAGUUCUAGUGAACAUUCUGAUUUAAAGAAAAUUGGCAGAGAGAUUGUGAAGAAGUGCAAAGGUGUUCCAUUAGCUGCAAAGACAAUAGGGACUGUUCUUCGCUUCAAAAGAGAUGUUGUUGAAUGGGAGAAGGUCUUGGAGAGUAGCAUGUGGAAUUUGGUGAGUGACGACAUUCUUCCAGCUCUACAAUUGAGCUAUCAUUGUCUCCCUUCACAUUUAAAGCGAUGUUUUGCUUAUUGCGCAAUAUUUCCAAAGGGUUUUGAAUUCUACAGGAAGCUCUUGAUAGAUUUGUGGAUGGCAGAGGGAUUUCUACUCCACUCUGCAGGCAGUGGCAAGGAAAUGGAGUUUCUAGGCAAUGAGUACUUCAAUGAUCUUGUCUCGAGAUCCUUUUUUCAGCAGUCAAGCAGAAACAAGUCAUGCUUUGUGAUGCAUGACCUCAUUCAUGACUUGGCUACAUUCAUUUCUGGAGACUUUUGCUCAAGUGUGGAGGGUAACCGAUUACCUAAGCUUCCAUUAAGGACUCGUCACUUGUCACAUUUAAUAACACAUUUUGGUAGCUAUGAUGAACUGGGGAGGAUCAAUGAAGGCUUGCCUUUGCGUACCUUCUUUUACAUGAAACUUCAGAAGUUGGCUGAUCAUUUUGACAAGGUAACAUAUGAUUCAUUUUCAUUACUCGAUCGUUUACGAGUUCUAUCUCUUCCUGGAUAUUGCAGUGAAACUAAGUUGCCUGAUUCAUUUCGCAAUUUGAAUCAUUUACGAUAUUUGAAUCUUUCUGGAGCAUCAAUCAGAAUGUUACCUAAAUCUUUGAGUAGUUUGUACCAUUUGCAAACUUUAAUUUUGUUUCAGUGCCAAAAUCUUGUCAAGCUGCCAACUAACAUGGGAAGGUUGAUCAACUUGCGGUGUCUUGACAUUAGAGAAACAAAAUUGAAAAAAAUGCCACCUCAGAUGGGCAAUCUGAAGGAACUGCGAAUAUUAACUAAUUUCAUAAUGGGAAAAAGAGUUGGGUCUAGCAUUAAAGAAUUGAGGGAACUUCAUCACAUUAGGGGAGAAGUUAGAAUUGAGAAUCUUCAAAAUGUAGUUAAUGUUCAAGAUGCUUAUGAAGCCAACUUGAGUUUUAAGCAUCACCUUCAGAAGUUGGAGCUCAAAUGGUCUGGUGAAGUUAAGGAUUCAGAGCAUACAAAUAGGGUACUUGAAAAUCUAAAGCCUAGUUGGAGCUUGGAAAGUCUUUGCAUAGUUGGCUAUGGGGGCACAGCUUUUCCAAGGUGGACAGGAGAUGCUAUAUUCUCAAAAUUAUUGUCCUUGAAGUUAGAUAAAUGUAAAAAUUGCUCACAGUUGCCACUGCUUGGACAGCUACCAUCUCUACAAGAUCUCUCAAUCACAGCAUUUGAUCAAGUCACCUCUGUUGGUCCUGAGUUCUAUGGAAGAUCCUCUAGUAUGCCAUUUGGAUCCCUCAAAGUUUUAAGGUUUGAAGAUAUGCCACUGUGGAACUUCUGGACAGAUAAAGAUGGAGCUUUCCCACUUCUCCUAGAUCUUCACAUAAUAAACUGUCCCAACUUAACCAAAGCCCUGCCUAAUCACCUUCCUUCCUUGACAAAAUUGUUGAUUAAGGGAUGCCAGAAACUUGUGGAUGCUCUUCCAAGGGCUCCAGUCCUAUCUGAAGUGACGUUAGAGGACAAUUCUCGUAGAGUGGUGUUUGCUGAAUUAACUUCGGGGCCAUGUCAUCUCCAAGUUGACGGAUUCCACUCUCUGAAUUUCUUAGAACAAAUGAAGGAUCUUUCCACUUUAUUAGAAGAUAUCGAAAUCAGCAAUGAUAAUUCACUCAGGUGCUUCCCGCUGAUGUUGUUCUCCAAGUUAAAGAGAGUUCAACUCUCUGGAUGUCUGAAUCUCGAAUCUUUUUCUGCAGCUGAGGCUUAUGGAAAUCCCAUAUCUAGCACAUUUUUGGCAAGGACUUGCUCAAAUUUCCCUCCUAUCCAAGAGUUUCACAUAUGUGAUUGUCCGAAGCUGCCUGUGGUUUCAAUGCCAAUGCCUCCAACCAUUCAAAAUAUGUCAUUACAUAACCAAACUGGUUCUAUGCAGGUACAUAAAUUGUCUUCUGGUUUGCACAGUCUUCUGGUUGACAAAUUGGACUUACUGGAAGAAAUUUACAAGAAGCAUUUACAUGGUGUUUUCAACACCUUUGAAGAAAUCACCGUCACUGGCUGCAAUGUACUAAAGUACUUCUUGCUAAAGUCUUUCCCCAGGUUGAAGAGUCUCGUGAUCAAGCAAUGUCCAAAUAUGGAAUCCUUUUCUGCACCUGAUGAAGCAACUUUGGGGGAUUUCAGAUCUUGUAUGUCCUUGGAAAUGAGGAAGCAUAUGCAUCUUGAUUCAAUGCUAGGGAGUAGCCCAAACUUCCCUCAGCUUGAAAAUAUAUGCAUAAUUGAUUGUCAACAGCUGCCUCUACUUUCAGUUCCAAGUGCUCCAACCAUCCAGAAAUUGACGUUGGUAGACGAGUCACGGGAUGUGAAGUUAGAGAAAUGGAGUACUUCUGGGUUGUACAGUCUCCAUGUUGGUAAAUUUCACUCCCCAGAAGAUAUUGAGAUGUGGCUAAUGAGUGGUGUUUGCAGCAAUGUAGCAGAAAUCACAAUCGAAGACUGUGACUCACUCAGCUACAUCCCAUUGUUCCCGAACAUAGAAAGUCUUAAUAUCAGACGUUGUCCGAAUUUCACAUCCUUUUCUGCAUCUGAGGCAAUUCAUGAAGAAGCCACGUCCCUCAGUCUCUUGGCAAUCAAAGAAUGCCCUAAUUUGGCAUCUUUUCCAGAAGAAGGACUCAGAGCCCCAUAUUUGACGGAGCUUUAUUUAUGGGAUUGCAUCAACUUGAAUGCGCUGCAUGAUCAUAUAAAAGCCUUCUUCCCAAAGCUUGUGGUCUUGAAAAUAGGUAGAUGUCCUGAAUUUAAGUCUUUUCCAAAAGGUGGCUUGCCUACCAAAUUACAAUCACUUGAAAUCCAAAGUUGCAGCAAACUCUCUUUUGUUCCAAGCUUCAUGGAGAGUAAUAAUAUAGAAGAUGAUGAAGAAUUCGUCCCAGAGGAAAGUCUUCUGCCCUCCACUCUGACCCAUCUUAAAAUUCGGGAUCUUCCAAAUCUGAAAUCUGUGGACUACAAGGGGCUUAAACACCUGGCAGACCUGGAGAUUGGAGACUGCCCAAUCCUCCACUUUAUGCCAGAGUGUAUGCAAACCCUCCUGCCUUCACUUGUGAAAUUGAAAAUAUACAACUGUCCAGGACUUGAGUCGUUUCUUGAUGCUUCUUUGCUUGAGAAGUUAGAAUUACUCGACAUCAGAGACUGUAACAAACUCAUUGCUGGCCUUAUUCGAUGCAAUUUGCAUAUUCUCCCAUCUCUCACUCGUUUUACAGUUGCUGGGUACAAUGAUCUGGAGUCCUUCCCAGAAGAGACACUGCUGCCUUCAGGCCUUACCCAUCUUCAAAUCCAGGGUCUUAAAAUGCUGAAAUCUUUACAGCUUCAACACCUCACUUCUCUCAGAAAAUUGGAGAUCAGGGAUUGCCCUGAGCUCCAGUAUUUGCCAGGAGAGAGGCUGCCCUCUUCUCUUUCUUCUCUAAGCAUCAGUGGUUGUCCUUUGCUAAAACAAGGAUGUACAGGGAAGGAUAGCAGAAUCUGGGUAAAGAUCUCUCACAUUCCCAGUAUAUGGAUCGACUAUAUUCCAUUGUCUGAGAUGUAGAUGAAUCUCUCUUCACCCAACAAGCUCAGGCUGUAAAAGUUUCAACCUUGGCUGAAGAUGUUGGAGCAAAGCCUUCAUUCUAGUAAAUAUAGUAUCUUACCCUUAUCUUCAUUUCACCCCAAUCUGUCUUAUUUCUGUCAUGUAAUAAGCCCUCCAUUUUUCUUUUUCAUUUUCUUUGCUUCUUCAAGUGCUAAUCCAUGAACAGUAAUAAUAAAACUGAAAAUGAAGCAUCAUUACCACCAAGGUUGAAAUUGAACUUAGUUGAGAAACAAUGAUUGCAAGAGACUUGUGUUUGAGGUUCCUUUGGGAGACUUGAAAUUUGAUGAUAAAAGUAUAACAAAACAAAGCAAGCAUCAAGUACUGUAUUAAAAUGAUAAGGCCAAUGUUGGGAUUUGUUGGAAAAUCUGCAAACUUUUUUGUUUGUCAAUGGCGUGUUCUUCAAGUCUUGGCCUAAUAUGUAGCAUAUGCAGAAGAUAAUGGCAAUGCUUCUCUUUCAGAGACUACUUGGGUUGGAGCUUGAAAAAUUAAAUCUUACUUUGUAACCUAGUUGGGAUUUGGGAUUUUUCCCUCUAUUUGAAAUAUGAAUCACACAAUGAAGACUGCCCAUUUGAGACAACUUC